AUGAACGGGACAGCUAUUGGAAAUUUUGUCUGUGUCAUUUUUAAUGUUUCCUUCAUGAACUGCACUUGGGAUGUGGGCAGCACUGCUUCAGGAGAUAGCCAGUAUUUCCUGUACUGGAAGAACUCAUGGAAAGAAGAUUUCACAGAAUGCCAGAAUUACAUCAGAGAUAAUUAUGGAAGACACACAGGAUGUAGAUUCCAAAAUGUGAAAAUAGAAAACAAAGUAGCUCAUUUCGUGGUAAAUGCGUCUAGAAAUGGACAAAACAUUCAGCUACAUGAGGACUUUAUUAAGCUGUACAAAAUUGAAAAACUCACCCCUCCAUUAAAUGUCACUGUGAACUGUACAGAAGCUUCUCAUCGUUGUGAAAUUCGGUGGCAACCACCUCGUACAAGUCAUGUGAAAAAACCUAGUUGUUUCAAAUAUGAAGUUGUCAUAGAAAACAAGGGAAGAAACAUCACAGGAAACUCCUACAUAUUUGAAAGCUUCAGCACAAAAAAGAGGUACAGCGUCAAAAUCAGAGCAACUGACAAUGAUUGUUUAGUGAGCCAAAGCUGGGGAGAGUGGAGUACACCUGUAGAGUUUGGAGAAGAACAACUUACAUCUACUUCAUCAUAUAUGUUAAUUUUGAUACCAGUGCUGGCAGCAACUCUCAUGCUUUUUAUCUUCGCAGGAAGCAUUUAUUUGAAAAAAACAUCUGCUACAGUACCACAGCCAAAAGACCCAUUCCGUGAGCUCUCUCCAGUGGAUUUCCAGACAGAAUAUAAGAAUCAACUAACAAAGCACGAAACUGAAGAAAUAACUGUUAUUGACUCAUAGAAUCAUUUAGGUUGG